GUAGUAUCAGUGUGAUUUUCGCGGUCGUUCCGCAUCGACUUAUGAACGACCGAUGAAUGCCGGCGUUUCAGUCAGCGCUCGUUAUUCUUGCGAUUCAGGUCGGUCAUCCAUCCAUCGUCCGAUCUUCAUCCGAAACACAUUAAAAAUAAAUACUGACCACUGCAUUUGAAAUUAUACGUUGGAGAACCAGUGUUUUUCCUAUAGAAACAUGCAUUUCAAGGCUGGAGCUGCAGUUGCGUUGAUAGUAUUAAGUUUAGCUAGUUUCUGUAUCUGUGAUAUUAGUUUAACAGUAAAUAGUCAUGACGUUGGUUUAAAAUUGAACGAAUCAGAAACGUUCCUUAUACUUACAGGGAGUAAUUUUACAUCAGUAAAUGAUACCUUACAUAUUAUAAUACAACACACUGAUAUUGUGUCAAUAAAUUUAACAUCAAUCGAGUUGAACUGGCUGGGGCCCAAUGAGAGCGUGCCAAUAGAGAUCAAAGCUCUUGGGCUUGGUAGAACUGAUAUUUACUCGAACACUAGCAAUACGCUGGCAAAUGUGGAUGAAGUUUACUUUAGGGUAACGGUUCACAGAGAGCCCUGGCUGGAUAUUUUUUCGACGACUAUUGGAUGGAUAUAUUUCUUGGCCUGGUCAGUUUCGUUCUACCCUCAGGUUUACAUCAAUUGGAAAAGAAGAAGCGUUAUAGGAUUGAAUUUCGACUUCUUGGCAUUGAACAUAGCGGGUUUCAUAUUAUACUCCAUAUUUAAUUUGGGCCUCUACUAUAUACCUGAGAUAAAGAAAGAAUACUCCGAAAGAUAUCCUAGAGGACUGAACCCAGUGCAAGUAAAUGAUAUAUUUUUCGCUGUCCAUGCUGUGAUUUUAACAAGCGUAACUAUAGGCCAAUGUGUUCUCUAUGAAAGGGCAGAGCAGCGAGUCUCUACAACGGCCCGGAUAAUUUUGGGCUUUUUUGGCGUGUUUAUAGCAAUUUCGAUAGUUCUUUCUGGUUGCGAUGUUAUCCAUUGGAUAGAUUUCCUCUACUAUUGUUCUUAUGUAAAAUUAACAAUUACUCUAAUCAAAUAUAUACCUCAAGCUUUCAUGAACUAUAGAAGACAAAGCACAUCGGGAUGGAGUAUAGGUAACAUCCUUCUGGACUUUACUGGCGGAACGUUGUCCAUGUUGCAAAUGAUUCUCAAUGCGUACAACUACGAUGACUGGGCCUCCAUUUUUGGCGACCCCACGAAAUUUGGCCUGGGAUUAUUUUCAGUAGCAUUCGACAUUUUCUUCAUGAUUCAGCAUUAUGUACUAUAUAAGCACAGUAAAUACGAAGAGAAUUAAGUGAGUCUCCCAUCAACCUCGAACAAACGAGUGAAAUCUUCAUUGUUGGAAAAUCAUGAUAGUCGCCACAAAAGGCACAUUAUUUAAUUCCGCAAAUCAACGUCUUCCGUUAAGUUGGAUGUGUCUUAAUUUACUGAAACGGCUAUCAACUGUUUAUAAUGUAUUGCGAAUGACAAGUAGAUUAUGGUACAAAUAUUUUUUUUAAAGUAGAAGGUAGAAAAUAAAAAACUGAGUUGCACU